AUGGAGUGGAACUGGGAGAGCAUCGGCUACAAUAGCUGCUGCUUAAUCUCAGGCCUCUUCGUUUUCCAAAAUGGCGCAGACCUCUUCAUCGACCACGGUGAAAUCAUCGCACAACGCGCUGGCGUUUCAGAGACGCUGGUGGCUCUGCUCAUAGCAGGAUCAGAAUGGGAAGAGCUCGCUGUCGUCGUGGCAUCGAUCCUGCAGAAUCACUCCUCCAUUGGCCUGGGCAAUGUAGUCGGGUCCUCCAUCUCUAACAUCCUAGGCGCUUUCGCCCUCGGACUCCUCCUCUUCCCCGAGCACGUCAUCGUCUUCGAUCGCAGCUCGAAGAUAUAUGCUGGGGCAUUGUUCUUGGUCACAACUGUCUUCACGCUGCUAGCAUAUGGCGGGCGUCUGGAUUUCACCGGCGGGAUCUUCUUCCUGGUCUUUUUCGCGAUAUAUCUGUUCUCCAUGGGCUCAGCAGUCUACGAGGGAUUUCUGACUGCUCCGCAAGAUGGCGAAGACGAAGAGACACCAAACGAGGCUGAACGUCCAAGACUGAAUAUCUCGAUCUACAGUGCAACGCUGCAAGUCCCUCCAUCUGAAGUGUCACCCUUGAUGUCUCCGAUUUCCCCGAUUUCCCCACGCCCCUUGUACCAGCGGAGAUCAACCCUCAUAAACGACAUAAGAGAGAACACCCGAGGGCCAACACAGUACCGCCUCGUUUACCACCUAACGAUGUUUGUGGUUGGACUCAUGGCUCUCUCUCUAUCCGGCUACGUUCUCUCACACAGUGCCAGCGCCCUCGCGGUUGAUUUCCACCUGAACGGCACUCUUGUUGGCAUGACGAUCCUCGCUUUCGCUACCACGCUCCCAGAGAAGCUUCACUCGACACUCGAAGGCGUGAAGGGGCAUAGCGGCAUGUUGGUUGCUACCACAGCUGGAUCAAACAUCUUCCUCCUCACUCUCUGCUUGGGUGUGCUCUUUAUCUCGCAGGGCGAGGGAGAAUAUAGCAGAGAGCUGGGCGAUGAGUUGUUAGGCUUCGAGGUAUGGACUGCGUGGACCUGUUCCCUGGUAUUGGCCAUUAUUGUGUUUAUGGGUGGCCGGCGGUGGAUGGGUCCGUUAUUGUUGGGGGGCUAUGUGGCGUUCAUUGGGUCGGAGCUUUAUGUUUUCAAAAGAUGA